ACAUAACAAAUCGAUCUUAAAUAAGUUUUUAAAGAUACAACACGAGCUCGAACUCGAGCGUUUUGCUUGCUUAAUCAACCCCUUUUGGCAUUUUCCGGAUUAACCAACCAGAGUGUAAAACCCUAGUCUUCUCUCUCACCUGACCACUCCAAAACCCUCUCUGUCUCGAAAAACCCAACCCAAUUGAACAACAAUGGCGAACAGACGUUGCCUCCAAACUGUAAUCCACCACUACUCCACAAACCCAUUUCUCCAACCUCUCAAAACCCUAGUCCCCAGUCUCCAACAAACCCUAACCAACCCUCUCUCCCCCCAAACCCCCACCCCCUAUUCUCACCACGUUUUCUCCAAUCUCACGCCAAUUUGCCACCCACAGCACAAACCCACGUGCCAUUUCUCUUCUCGAAGAAGUGACAACGAAGAAGAAGAAGAAAACGAUGACGAGGAGGAGGAUGAGGAGGAAGAGGGUUCUGAGGAGGAUGAUGACGAUGAGGGUGUUUCGGCUGUGUCGAAUAGUGGUGUGAAGAGAGAGUACACGGCGGAGGAGAAAGAAGAGGAGGCGGCGGCGAUUGGGUAUAAAGUGAUUGGUCCUUUGCAACGGUCGGAGAGGGUUUUCAAGCCUUACGAGCCUGUUUUCGCCGUUGUUCAGAUUGGUUCGCACCAGUUUAAGGUCAGCAAUGGGGAUUCCAUUUUCACUGAGAGAUUGAAGUUUUGUGAAGUGAACGAGAAGCUGAUAUUAAACAGGGUUCUCAUGCUGGGUUCACAGAGUCAGACCAUCAUUGGCAGGCCCAUAUUGCCUGAUGCUGCAGUUCACGCAGUUGUUGAGGAGCAUGCUUUAGAUGCCAAAGUAAUUAUAUUCAAGAAAAAGAGAAGGAAGAACUAUCGCCGAACUAAAGGGCACAGGCAGGAACUAACUAAACUCAGGAUCACUGACAUUCAAGGAAUUGAAAAGCCAGAACCAGUUCCAACUGAUAAGCCCGAAAAGACAGCCAUCAAGAAGCUGGAAAAGACAUCUGUUAAGAUGCCAGAAAAAGUUGCUGUUGCAGCUUAGGAGGGAUUUCGCCCAUGGGCAAGUUUCUCUGCAUUGUAAGGACUUCUAUUUUUUUGGAUUCAGAUGCUACUUGAAAUAGCAUUUGCAAGAUGAACAUCAUUAAUGUCAUCUUAGGCAAAUAUUUUUGAGUUAUGUGAGUUAUGUUGUUGGCUAGAAUAUGUGACGUGAGUAUGUACUUUUUUUGUUCUUUUCCAUUGUCUUUUUGGAUGUGGGUAUGUAUUUAGUUUUGCAAAUGUACGACUCUGGGAACCUUGAGCAAUGUUUUCCCCCUCUGAAAUAGAAUAAUGAGUCAACUUUUACA